AUGGCUCACCCAGAGUCUCGUGUUUACAUGAGCGAAAUGAUGGUUGGUGUUAAUAUUCAAACAAACAACGGUCCUUUUAACCGUUUGACAGAUGUUUCAAUGUCAUUUUUAAUCGAUACGGGAAAUUAUGACAUUAAUUGGUCAAUGCUUCAACCCAUAGUUUUGGGCAACAAAGAUUCAAUUAAUGGAAAACCAAUAGAAAAUUUUCCAACAGGAGCUGCGCAAAUGUCAUUUCCAGCUUUGUAUCUUUCUAACAAUACUUAUCCAGAUAAAUCAGGUUUCUCUUUUAAAUUCUUUGGAACUAGCGAUGCCAUCAAUACUGUUAAAUGCCCGAGCAAUGAUUCUUAUUAUAGCUAUUAUUGCAAUGGGGAAAAAUUUUACAAUGUUUUAGAUUCUUCUCAUAUAGGCAGUGAUUGGCCUUAUGAUUAUAUUCCAUUCAAAUAUCCAUCAAAUGUUUGUAAGAAUGGAGAAGCAGUUCUUCCAGGAAUGGUAACAUGUGGAAAUUACUCAUGCAAUGGAUUUGAAAGUUUCUCUAUUAAUGCGGUCCAGCCUGACUCAUAUAACAAGCAAUUCAUUAUUAAUUGUACGAAGGAUACAAUUGGUAAAACAUUUACAAAGCGUGUCCAACAAGCAUGGGGAAGCACAAAAGCAACUGUUGUUUGCCCAGAUCCUGAAAGAUUUUGCAGAUCAGUCACUCUCGAAGAAAUGCACUUCUCAUCAGAUCCUUUUGUUAAAGGAGCGCAGUUGGAUAUUAAAGUUUCAAAUGCACCUCUCAUUGUCGUCCAUAAUUCAACAACAUUACCUUCAUACCUAAUUUUAACAAUUUGCGUCGUUGUAUUUGCUGUUGUUGCAUUUACAUGUGUGGGCAUCUUUGGUUAUUGUAUGUUACACUCUUCAAAGAAAGAGGAAAAAUCAAAGAAAGAAGAUAAUGAUGCAGUUGAUGUUUGA